GGGAUCUCGGAGAUUUCUUCAAGAACAAGACCAAGAAGAAGAUCAAGGCGUCUAACCUGAACACUGCGGCGACCGCCGCGAAGCCGGAGGAGAAGAAGCCGAAGAAGACGGACAAGGACGAGGAAGGCUGGGAAGAGGAGCAGGUCACCGCGUCGACUAUCACCCGGAUUGAGGUGGUGGGCAACCUGAAGCGCGACGAUGACAAGAAGGAGGAAGAGGAUCCCCCCGGGGGGGAGUCUACCGCGCCCGCUUGGGGCUCGGUGAAGACGGGCUCGACGUUGCAAGGCGAUGUGCGCAAAGAGAAGCAGUACCCGUCGCUUGCCAAGUCUGUUGGUUCUACCAGCAUCAACAUCGACGACGGUUCUGACAACAGGGUGAACAUCAAGACAUCCAAGAACGCGUUCGCAGCGCUAGGAACGAAGCUGGCAGCGACGGCGACGACGCGGGGCCGAAGAGACCGAAGGUCAUCUCCGCGGCGAAGGUGCACAAAGCGCAGGGUGAGCGUGAAACGGUCGCGCUUCAGAGAGAGGUAG